UUUCCAAACACCCAAAAAAAGUGAAAAACCCUUUCGCAUCCCUCUAUUCAUUUUCCAUCUCCGAAACUCUCUCCGCUUUGUCUCGAGCUGCAAAUGGGGAGGGGUUCGAAGCGAAAGGUCGAGAAGCAGCAGCUCGAUGAACCUAUCGAUUCAGAAUCCGAAACGCAAAGCGAGGAUUCGACUACCUUGUUGCAUCCUCGAUCGAAGAAAGGCCGAAAGGUUGCACGAGACGCUGAGCUCUGUCUCGUUGGCCCACCCAUUGUGGCCGAUGAAGCCCGACGCCGAUGGCCUUUGAGAUAUCAGUCAAAGAAUAAGGUUAAGAAGCAUGCUGUAACUGAGACUUCAAAUGAUGAGGAGGACGAUGUACUGCAAGCAAGAAAUCAUUAUGAUAGGGCUAAGGUUGAUGGUUGUCUCUACAAAUUAGGUGAUAAUGCGUAUGUUCAGGCAGAAGAUGGCAAUCUUAAUUACAUUGCCAGGAUUGUUGAAUUAUUUGAAACAAUUGAUAAAAAACCAUAUUUUAAAGCUCAAUGGUUUUAUAGGCCUGAAGAUACAGUUAUUAACAAGGAUAACACACAUUUGAUUGAUAAGAGACGAGUGUUUCUCUCUGACAUCCAUGAUGACAAUCCAUUGAAUUGUAUCCUCUCCAAAGUAGAAAUUGCUCAAGUUGCACCAAAUAUUGACUUAGUUGCAAAAGACAGAACAAUCCCACAAUCCGAACUAUAUUACGAUAUGAAGUACUCCUUACCAUACUUGACAUUCAAAAAUAUAGUCGCUGAAACUCCAAAAAGAGAUAGUGAUACAUCAUCCGUAGUUUCGAGUGAGUGUGGUUCGAGUGAGUGCAAUUCAAAUAAUACUACUUCACAAGUUGAGAGGUCUUUGCUAGAUCUAUAUUCUGGUUGUGGGGCUAUGUCCACUGGCCUUUGCAUGGGUGCCUCCUUAUCUGGUGUAAAGCUAGUCACAAGGUGGGCUGUUGACAUAAAUUCCUAUGCUUGUAAAAGUUUGCAAUGGAAUCAUCCUGAAACUAAGGUGAGAAAUGAGACUGCAGAGGAUUUUUUGUGUUUACUGAAGGAGUGGGAAAAGUUAUGCCAGAAAUUCUCCUUCCUUGGAGCAGACGAACCACUUGAAAAUGUUUCUAGUGAAACUAGUGAUGAGGAGGAUGAUGAUGGCCAGGAAUGUGAAGAGGAACCUGAAAAAGAAAGAGAAGAUGAUGGAGACUCUGAGGAUUCCUCUGAAGAAUUUGAAGUUGAGAGAUUAUUGGAUAUUUGUUUUGGUGAUCCUAACCAUGUGAACAAUCCGGGAUUAUAUUUUAAGGUGCGUUGGAAGGGUUACGAUGUGAGUUAUGAUACUUGGGAGCCUAUGAAGGGUUUGAGUAAUUGUCAAGAAAAAAUGAAGGACUUUGUAAGGAAAGGGUACAAGUCAAACAUAUUGCCUUUGCCUGGAAAUGUUUACUUUAUAUGUGGAGGCCCCCCGUGUCAAGGCAUAAGUGGGUUUAAUCGCUUUAGAAAUGGAAAUGCCCCGUUAGAUGAUAUAAAAAAUAAGCAAUUAGUGGUGUAUAUGGAUAUUAUAGAGCAUCUGAAACCGAGAUAUGUUUUAAUGGAAAAUGUUGUAGACAUUUUGAAGUUUGCUAAGGGUUUUUUGGGACGUUAUGCCAUCGGCCGUUUAGUUUCCAUGAAUUAUCAAGCUAGAAUGGGGAUGAUGGCUGCUGGAUCUUACGGGGUUGCACAAUGUAGGAUGAGGGUUUUUCUGUGGGGUGCACAUCCUUCAGAGAAAUUGCCUCAAUAUCCAUUGCCAACUCAUGAGGUUGCACUUAGAGGACACGUUCCAAAUGAGUUUGAGGAAAUCAGUGUUGCUUAUAGUAAAAGUGAUACUUGUCAGUUGGAAAGGGCUCUUACUCUUGGUGAUGCGAUAUCUGAUCUUCCACAAGUUAACAAUGAUGAGAGCGAGGAUCAGAGGAAGUAUGGCAAAGUUGCUCGAACAGAGUUCCAAAAAUAUAUUAGAUUGCAAAGAAAGGAUGUAAUAAAUUUGACAGUUGAUACUCGACAUGCAUCAUCCUUGGGAAUGCUAUAUGAUCACCGGCCUUUGCAAUUGAAUGCUGACGAUUAUGAACGUGUUUGCCACGUUCCAAAGAGGAAGGGUGCGAAUUUCAGAGAUCUACCAGGUGUAAUAGUUGGUGAAAAUAACAGGGUAGAGUGGGACACAACAAUGGAAAGAGUGAAGCUCAAAUCUGGGAAACCAUUGGUGCCUGAUUAUGCUAUGAAGUUUGUCAAAGGGCGGUCAACCAAGCCAUUUGGUCGUUUGUGGAUGGAUGAAAUUGUUAAAACAGUAGUAACAAGGGCUGAACCUCACAACCAGAGCAUCCUUCAUCCUUCCCAAGACAGGGUACUCACAAUCCGUGAAAAGGCUAGACUACAGGGGUUCCCGGACUGCUAUAAGCUUUUUGGGCCUAUCAAGGAGAGAUAUAUACAGGUUGGAAAUGCUGUUGCUGUUCCAGUUGCUAUUGCAUUGGGAUACGCAUUUGGUUCAGCAUGCCGAGGAGUGUCCGAUGAUGAGCCUUUGAUAACCCUUCCUUUCAAGUUCCCAAAGUGCCUUGCACGGUCUUCACAAAUAGAAGCAGAUGAUUCUGAUUGAGGAAGUUCCCAGCAAAUAAAAUUUGGAGUUUUGCCUCAUUUCCAAGAAUAACAGGAAGGAUGUUGACUGCAGAAGGACGUUUAUCGGCAGACGGGCAUCUCCUUUCGUGGUUCCCUGUAUACAUCCCCGUUGGGUUGAAUUGGAUUAAGCAUGUUGUUCUGCUUUAGACUUCUGUGCAAUCAAAUGCACAAA